AACCAGAAUUUUGGAUAGGCCAAAGGGGAAGACGGUGAAGCAGUAGGGCUGUUAGAAUUAAGAAAGCUCUGGAGGGUCACAUAAGCUGAUUUAAUUGAGAAUUGAUCUCAUUUGUUGAAGUGCCAAAUCCACCUGUCUUCUUUGUGAGCAGGGCUAAUAGCCAUCAUUUUAAUAGCAUUCAAUUCCAUAGUAGAAAAAUAUGGUUAACAGGCUCCAGGUUCCAUCUUCCAUUGUUUAUCAAGUCCUUCACUCUAAAGAUAUGGCAGUUAGCAGGUCUUGGAGAGAAAGGCUUAAAGCGAGGAAAAUUGGGGAUCCAAGGGUCUUCCUGAAUAUAAGUGGAUUGACUAUUGCCAAUAAACUUUCUAGCCCCUAAAGAAAUUACCUACCUAGAAGCCAUAAUGCUUCUCCAGCCCUAAGAUGGCCUAGCACUAAGAAAGGCAGUCUAGAAAGUUCCAUAAGGAAAAUAGAUGGCUCUCAGAACUCUUGCCCAAAGAGAGUUAGGACUAUUAGGAAGAUUCUAAGCUCGCUUGGCCAAGAGAGCCAUAUUAAAGUGAUGCGAGUUUUUGAAACCCAAUCCCCCCAGUCUUUUAGGUCUAGAUAGUUUAGCCUAACUGACUAGACUUAGAUUAUUUGAACUUGCCUCCUGGUUUUUCCAAAAUCUUGCAACAUUAGAGUUAAAUUCCUCACACAAUUCUUUAGGGAUCAAGAAUUAUGACAUCAUAAAAAAAGAAAUAGAGGUGAGGACAGAGAAAAUCAUAACAUCUCUACCCCAAACGAUGGGAAUUUGUGCUUUUAGGACUCAAUAUUGCUAUUGAAUCUGUCCUUCAGGUAGUUGAGGGUGUUUCUUUUACUCCUACACCAGAUAGCCGGAGCAUCCAACUAUUUUUUCUCCUUCACUAAUAUGCCAGACCCUAAAGAGAUUGGUACUGUUGGGGACUCAGACAAUAAAGAUUAUCCCACACUUAGCAUAGUUAAUAAGCUGUCCAGAAGCGAGUUGGUACUUAUCAAGGAGAAGUUUAGCUCUCGAUGCCUCUUCCACAUCAGGUUUAGCAAAUAAAAUGGUGUCAUCAACAAAGAGCAUGUGAGAUAGGAUAGGGCACCUCCUGUUGAUCUUGAUCCUAGAAAAAAGACUCAUGUAUAGCCUUAUGGAUGAAACAAGAGAAUGCAUUGGUGAUGAACAAGAACAUGUAAGGAGAUAAGGGGUCACUCUGUUUGAGCCCUCUAGAGGGAGUAAACAGGGACUGCCAUUAACUAAAACCGAGAAAGGGACAGUAGAGAAGCACUAAGAGAUGAUUGAAAUGAAAUCUGCAGGAAAUCCCAUUUUCUCCGUCAUUUUGAUAGGGAGCCCUAUUCCACCUUAUCACAAGCUUUGGAAAUGUCAAGUUUUAGGCCCAUAUGGGCAUUUUUAGUUGAAGAGGGUUUCUCGAAGAGUAAAGAAAUUCAUGGACGAUAAGGAUGUUCUGUUGGAUAUGUCUACCGGGAAUAAAAGCAUACUGAUUUUCGUCAAUGAUCUGAUAAAUAUAAGUCUUGAUUCUGUUGACUAGAACCUUAGAGAAAAUUUUGUAGACAACAUUAUAGAGACUAAUGAGGCGGAUUGGUCAUGUGCUUAAGUUCUAUCCUGUUUAGGACGAAUGUUACCAAAAGAUCUUAGCCUCAUGUAAGUUUAAGUACAGUGCUCGUUUACGGAGUCCAGGGAACUCAUCCAUAGAGCGUGCCUCCUUCAGCCCUAGGAAAAUGUCUUAGGAAGAUCCCAUGAAUAUUAGUUCAGACAACUCCAAGCAAAAGGAGAGCGACAAUGAUAUUUCCAUGGAGAAAAAGGUGCAAGAUUGUUUAGCGUUGGUUUCCAGCUCGAGGGAAGUUCAACGUGUUCUAAAAGCUAACCAAAACAACUUCCGGCGCAAGAGGACCUCCGUAUUACCACUAGAGUUUGGCCUCAUAGAGGACGUGAGGUGGGCCAAGGUUCUGGGCGCAGGGAUAGGGAGGCUGGGUUGGGAGUUAAGCAGGUCCAAAGGUUUAAAAGAGUGAAAGAAACCCAAUGCUGAACUAAGGGCCAUGGCUAGUAUUAUUGAUGGUUGGUGGGUGAGAUGAAGGUUGUGGAGGAUGGGACGAAGGACAUGAGAGAAUCUACAAAGGGCUCUACAGGUUUCUCUACCAGUGAUCUGAGCCUAGUACCGGAACUGACCUCUAUUUGAUUCAUCAAAAAGGGAAAACUAAAGCACUUGGCCAGGCAGAAACGAACUUUGCAAAUUCAAGGAUUACCAAAUGAUAGUGGGCAAGGUAAUGGCGGAAUGAUACUCAGGAAGGCCACUUAGAAAGACAGGAAAGUAGUUUCAUUAACUCAUUUGGUGGCGUUGGUGGCUCGUUCAAAGCCACCCAAGACCCACUGAGGAGGAGGUUAGGGCUGCUCUGUUUGGUACGGGGGCACUAAAGCCCCAGGUCCUGAUAGGUAUCCUGCAGUCUUUUAUCAAAGAAUUUGGCCCAUUAUUAAAGUAGACUUGGCAGCUGUGAUUCACAGAUUCCUGUAUUGCAAACACUUGUUAAAAGCACUUAACCAGAUUAAUACACAAAUCUUGCUUGCUUAGUUUUCCGACCUUAAGUACAGUAAUACUUCAAUUGAACAUAAAAACUCAGACAGUGAAACACCAAAUGUUAAGAAGUUGAAAGACCAUUUAUGUAACUUUACCUUCUUUUCUUUUUUAUCCACAAGCAGGUUUCCUUCUCGCUUCUACCAUAUUAUUUAUACUCAACUGCUGAACUCUUCCAUGGGUAUGUCUGUUCAUAGAGCUUUCUUCUACGCCAAUGCUCUCUCGCUCCAUCAACAUCUAGCGAGCUCCUACUUAUAGUUUUUUUGAUCUGAUUAAGGAUCAUAUCCGCCACUGGGGACACUUUGGUAGAUCAGACUGAAACCCAAAUCGUGAAAACAGAACUUGCAUUAUUAUUAUUAUUAUUAUUAUUAUUACACUCAAAUGUCAUUCUGCAUUUGCGGAUCAAAUGCAGUUCAAUUGCUACGAGACGAGACAAAUUUUACCAGUUCCAAGAUCAACGAUGACAAAAGAAUUGGUCGUCACUGUACACAAGUUCCACGAAAUGUGAAUAUGGAGAACCUUCCAAGUGGAUAUUUGUUUUCUAAGAUAAUUAGGGCGGAGUAUGAACACAUGCAGAAGAAACCACAUGCAAGGUUGAUAAAACUUGGCAUGGGUGACACCACCCAGCCUAUACCGGAGAUCAUAACAUCUACAAUGGCUGAGCAUGCAUAUGGUUUGUCAACUCUUCAAGGUUAUAAAGGCUAUGGAGCUGAGCAAGGCAACAUGGAAUUGAGAAUGGCUAUUGCAGAGAGAUUUUACAAAGAUAUGGGUGUAAAAGGACAGGAGAUUUUUGUAUCAGAUGGUGCACAGUGUGACAUAUCUCGCCUUCAGAUGCUUCUUGGUUCCAAUGUGAAAGUGGCCCUACAGGACCCAUCUUUUCCUGGUUAUAUAGAUUCAAGUGUAAUUAUUGGCCAAGCUGGCAAGAUUGAAGAAAAAACUGGAAAAUAUAGCAACCUUGUAUACAUGAAAUGUGGAUCUGAGAACGAUUUUUUCCCUGAUUUGAUGACUACACCAAGAACAGAUAUCAUUUUCUUUUGCUCUCCAAACAACCCAACCGGAAAUGCCGCAUCGCGGCAGCAAUUAGAGAAACUGGUUGAUUUUGCCAAAACUAAUGGGUCCAUAAUAGUUUAUGAUUCUGCAUAUGCUGCUUAUAUAACAGAUGGAAAGCCAAGAUCAAUCUUUGAAAUUCCUGGAGCCAAAAAGGUUGCUAUUGAAAUUUCAUCCUUUUCGAAAUUUGCUGGGUUUACAGGCAUUAGGCUUGGAUGGACAGUGGUUCCUGAAGAGCUGUUAUAUUCUAAUGGAUUUCCUGUCAUAAAGGAUUUUAAUCACAUUGUUUGCACUUGCUUUAAUGGUGCUUCAAAUAUUUCUCAGGCUGGAGGAUUAGCCUGCCUUUCUGAAGAUGGUUACAAGGCUGUGAACAAUGUGGUUGACUACUACAUGGAGAAUGCAAAAAUACUCGUUGAAGCAUUUGCAUCUCUUGGACUGAAAGUUUAUGGAGGCAAAGAUGCCCCUUAUAUAUGGGUACAUUUUCCAGGAUCGAGUUCUUGGGCUGUAUUCAGUGAAAUUCUGGAGAAAACAGAUAUAAUGACUGUUCCAGGCAGGGGAUUUGGACCUGGUGGUGAAGGGUACAUCAGAGUUUGUGCAUUUGGACAUAGAGAAACUGUAUUGGAAGCUUCAAUGAGGCUGAAAAAACUCUUUACAUAAACUGCCGUUUUCUAACUAGCAUGAGCUAAUGCUAAUUACAACAAAAUCUACUAAAAUCUAGUUGCAUGGACAAUGAUUCCAUGGAGGAUUAAUUA